UUGCGGUUGCUCAAUUCGCUCAGGAUAUCGAGAUCCCUUGCAGGAUCCCAGGACAGACAGGAUAGUACACGACACGACCCCAUGGAAGUCUCCGUUUAGCCCCACGGCAGAGUCUCUCUUUGAAGAACAGGCCCCAGGUUUAGCCCUAGGUGAAAAUAUGCAAAACGUCGAAAAGCAGCGGGGAAAAGCCAUACAGAAAGUGGAACCAGAACCCGAAUCAGAACCGUUGCCAGCGGAGAGCGAGCACUUGGUGGUAAGAAAGGACAGGGAGGAGGAGAAGGGGCAGAAAGAGGAGGAGGAGGACACCAGCUCCAAAAUCAAGACCCGUUCACGCUUCUCGGCCGCCUUUCGUAGUCUCUCCAAGCCGAAGGCCAAGAAGGAAAAGGAACAAGAAGCCAAGAGCGAGGAGGAAGCACCCACGCAGCUGGAGGACGUCGACAGCACCGACAGCGGAGCCGCUGGGAAGACGCUGAAGAAGAAGAGUCUGACCCGCCGCCUGCUGCUGGGCGGUCUGAAGAAGACCCCAAAGGUUCGACCACACAGCCUGGCCACCAGCGAUGAGAUCAGCGUGGUAGACAGCAGCCUCGAGCGGGUGGAGACAGCUCCAGACGAGGACCCGGACCCAGCCACCAGUGCACCAUCCGCCAGCAGCAGCGGCACCCUCCUCCAGAUAACCAUAAGUGGGAAGAAAGUCGAGCCAGCCAAAGCCAAGAGCCGCAGCAAGACUCGGGCCAAGAGCUCAGCCAGCGAGACGGAUUACCUGACACCAACGACAGAGGCGUCGACGGGCAAAGCCACAGCGGGUGGAAAGAAAAAGGCGACCACUACCACAACGGUGACUACCAAAGACACGAGCAGCACUCGGACGACAAAGCUGAUUGUGGCCAAGAAGAAGCAACAGUCGACCCCCAAGCCAGCAGAGGCAAAGGCAGCGACAGCCGCAGCGACAGAACGACUCGCGACUGCUGCAGAGGCAGGAGGGAAAAUCGCUAUCACCGAGAGCACACGAGAUACGCCGCCCAGAGAGCGGGCCCCGGCCAAGCCGAGUCGCGUUCAGGUUCAGUCUGCCAGCAGCACCGGAGCAGUUCGCAAGUCAUCCUCCAGCAAGAAGCUGGAAUUGCUGCAACAACAGCAGCAGCGCGGACACCGCCUUUCGAGACAAGUCGCCACCAACGCCACAACGGUGGCCACCCCAGAGAGCAACCAAGUGCCGGCCCUAGAGGCGCCACCCAGUCCAGAGCCGGAGCCGCCCACGUGUCCGCCCCCACCCCUGCCAGUCGUGAACGAGCAGUCUGCCGACGACGCCGUGUCCUCAGCGGAGAGCGCCCAGGCCGUCAAUCCAUCGCCCGUAGUCCGUUUCGCCGUAGGUAGCGCCGUGCGCAGUCCCCUCAGUGCAUACGAGGCUGCCGUAGCCGCGUUAGCCAAUCAGCCGCCCAGCUCCAGCGAAGAACCCAGCGACUCCAGUCUCCGGCGACUUAGCUUUGCCCAGCAGCAGCUCGUUCUGAGUGACCACGACAGCAUCGAGGGCAGAAGGGAGACCCUGCACUAUCACUCCGUGGCCAGCGAGUACUCGAACGAGGACUCCGUGUCCUCGGAGAGCGAGGAGCAGUCCGUCAAAGAUCCAGCCCCUGCGAACCCCAUGCCGGCCUUUGGUGACCUGACCAUGGAUCAGGAAAUGGAACCGGCCAUCAUGACGUCAACCAGCGAGAAACGAGAACAUCUGUACAAAAUUCUAGUCAUCGGCGAGCUAGGCACAGGAAAGACGUCCUUCAUCAAGCGCUACGUGCACCAGUUCUUCAGCCAAAACUAUCGGGCCACCAUUGGCGUGGACUUCGCCCUGAAGGUGCUCCAGUGGGAUGGCAACACGAUAGUGCGCCUGCAGCUGUGGGACAUCGCCGGCCAGGAGAGAUUCGGCAAUAUGACGCGAGUCUACUACAAGGAGGCGGUGGGGGCGUUCAUCGUGUUCGACGUGACACGCAGCGGAACCUUCGAUUGUGUGAGCAAGUGGAAGGAGGAUCUGGAUUCGAAGGUGCAGCUGCCAGACGGGAGUCCCAUACCCUGCAUACUGCUGGCCAAUAAGUGCGAUCAAGAGAAGCAGGGCAUCAUCACGAAUCCGGAGAAGAUGGAUGAGUAUGUGCGGGAGAACGGGUUCGCCGGCUGGUUCGAGACAUCCGCCAAGGAGAACAUCAACAUCGAUGAAGCGUCCCGCGCCCUUGUGAAUAAGAUACUCAUCAACGAUAAGCUGAUAACUGGCGACCUGGCCGACGGUGACAAGUUCAACCUGAACAGCACCAGCGAUGCAACUGGCACGGAAACCAAAAACAAGUGUUCCUGCUGACCUGCCACCCAAAACACCAGAGGCCUGGCCAGCCAUCUGCUAUAUUCAAAUCAUUCCAAUUUCCCCUCCCAGUCUGAGCAACUUUUGUAAAGCUAAAAGGAAAUAUGUUUAUGUUCAUUCCAUGUUCGUGUUGUUGAAAGAUAACCACGAUAUCUAUGCUUAGGAUUUCAACUUAACAUUUGUCUAAGACUUUGCAUCCUCAUCGUGUUCCAUCCAUCCAUCCAUCCAUCAGGCACACGAUCUUCUGUUUGUUUGCACCGAGUCCCUGUCAACACUUGUGCCCGUAAAUUCUGGAUAAGACGAGAUCGGGGUCAGUGCGUGAAUUUAUAUGGCCGCACCUUCGCAUUCAUACUCGUAACCUUAUCAUCAACAUUAUCUAGGUGGCGUGGAGAUAGUGCAGCAUCCCAUGCUGCCCCUACCAUUAUAGACCCUAUACAUUUGUGUAAAAUACGAAUCGUUUUCUCGUUA